UUUCCAUAAUGACAGAAGAGUGUGAUAGCCAAACGGAACAGGUUGUUUUACAAACUCUUUUCCAUUUCAUGAGAUCAACAGGAAUAGGAAAUAAAAUGAAUUAAGACAUGAGAUAUAGAUGAAAUGGACGAAAGGGGGUCGAAGGUUGUUGUGGCAGGAUGUACAAACGACUCCUCAAGUGACGACACUUGUUUUGAUGAUAGAGCAACAAAAAGGCGUCCAUGUUCACGUAAACUGUCAUCCAUGCCGGGGGAAAAGUAUUUAUGUCAAAAAAAUUCAGCGGAUCACAACUUUAGUAGUGAGUCAAAUGACGGAGGAAUAGGGUCUAUGGACUCCCGCGAUGACAAUCAUUCAGAAUCAGAUAGUGAAAUAAACAUUAAUGAUGUCCCAUGUGUUUGCAAAGGUUGUAGUCGCAAAAGUGACGAGGAAUUUUAUUAUUUACAGUCUACCCCACAGUAUUUACAUGAUGGCAAGGCUUGCCCUUCAGAUCAAAUGGAAUGGAAAUUCCAGUCUCCUUGCGCCAUAAACUCCUGGGGACACUUUUGUCAAAGUCGUAGAGAUUUAUAUAAAUAUCGUAGGAGUGACUAUUCUAGUGAUAGUGACGAGGAAUCAGUCCCAAGGUUUAACCAAAUUAGUCCAGAUUCAGAGGGUUGUGAAAAACCAAGAUCUCAUUUACCAGUUUGUGAUAGUCUGUCCGAUGUACCAUUAAAAACAGUUGUGAACAUGGUAAAAGGUACAUCCAAGACGGACCUCCUGAAAAACCUUACAUCUCGUCCACAAGACGGUAUUAAACCUCAUGUGUUCAAAGAAAAGUUUGCUACAAUUUUACGUUGGUUUACUGAAUGCAGUGAUGACCAGAAGAACACAGUAUUAAAAGGUUUACUGAUGUACUGUGAUUUACCCCAAAUGCAUCUUCUGUCAGUUAAAAUGGCUCCAAAUCUCCACAGAGGUUGCCCAAGCAACUGCCAAGAUAUUCUUACAUGGCUGCCAACCAGCCUGGCUCAUAAAAUCAUGUCUUAUUUUGAUCCAGUAACAUUAUGUAAGGCUGCUCAGGUUUGUUGCCUCUGGGGACAGCUGACAGAAGAACCAUCACUAUGGAGAAAAUUUUGCUGUCAACAAAAAUGGCGGCUUUCAAAGGCUGCAGAACACAAACAAGUCAUCAGUCACAUGUCACCAGAAGGAAGUAUCCAGUGGAAGAAAGUAUUUGCUGAGAGAUACAGAUUGAGACAGAAUUGGUUGAAUGGUAGAUGCACUGUUAGAACCUUUGAAGGUCAUAGUCAAGGUAUAUCUUGUGUACAGUUUGACGACACUAGAAUUGUGAGUGGUUCAUCCGAUAAGACAAUCAAGGUUUGGAAUAUUAGAACCAAUGCCCCAUGGUCAGUACAGACACUGGUUGGCCACAGUGGUACAGUAAGGUGUUUACAUCUGGAGGGAAAACGUUUAGUCAGUGGGUCUACAGACAAAUCUAUAAAAGUAUGGGAUUUAUCUACCCAAGAAAGUUGGUCAAGCAUUGCCUGUAAAGUGACCAUGGUUGGACAUACAGAUACUGUUAGAUGUAUUCAGGUUGAUGAUGAUAAAGUGAUCAGUGGAUCUUAUGAUUUCACUAUCAAAGUGUGGGAUUUGAAGACUGGCAGUUGUAGAAAUACUUUAAGAGGGCAUCAAGCAGCUGUUUUAUGUAUACAAUUUAAUGAGACAAAGAUUGUAUCAGGGGCAUGUGACAAAACAAUCAAGAUAUGGAGUUAUGAAGGAGCCUGUAUUAGAACUUUGACCGGUCAUCAGGAUGCAGUUACCUGUUUACAGUUUGAUUCUACGAGAAUUGUUAGUGGCUCAAUGGACUGUAAUCUAAAGAUGUGGGACAUACACAGUGGUGACUGUAUAAAUACCAUGGACUGGAAAGCUUCCGAAGGACAUACAGGUGUUGUUAGAUGUCUACAAGCAGACAGCUGGAGACUGUGUAGUGCAGCAGACGACAAGACAAUCAAAGUAUGGAAUCUUCAGACUGGGGAACGAUUGGUGACAUUACGCAAUCACACAGACGGUGUAACGUGUUUACAGUUCAAUGAUUUUAUAAUUGUUUCAGGGUCAUAUGAUAAGACUGUUAAAUUAUGGGAUUUUAGCUGCUGCUAAAAAUACUGUCAUACAAAUCAAAGAAUAUUUAAAGCCAGAAAUUUUGGUUAACUUUCUCCAGCUGCUGUUUAAUUAAGUACUGCCAUAGAAUAAUAGUGCACUUUAACCUAGUGACCUCACAUAGGUUUGAAUUUAAAUUUGUAUAGUGGUGAGGCAACUUUCUUGUUUCAACACAUAAACAACUUACUUAGUACAAGUUAUUUCAAAUCAGCAGUCUUUCAAAAACAUACAACUUAGUUGAUAUUUUUUCAUUUUUAAAUAAGUUAAUGAUAUUCGAAGUUAAAGCUAAAUUGAUUAGAUCAAUAAGAGAGAGUUAUCUGUACUAUAGUGCGAAGGACGAAUUUUUGUUCUCCACAGUAAAGCUUGCAAUAAAAUUGCACCCUACUUUAAAAUACAUGUAUUAAGAUUUUUGUCGUGUGUGGACAAUAUGAAAUGUUUGUGUUUUUACAUGUUCCAGAAAUUAAAAAUGGAAGGGUGAAUUUCCCUAUUUAUUUUAAGAAUAGUUCCAAAAUAUCCAUUAUGAAUAUUACUUUUGAAGUAUUUAGAUCAGAAUUUAUUAAUAAUGUGAUAUUUUAUUUAUUUGGAAACUGGAGGCCACUAUACCUAAGACAUUAUGUGGUUAGUAAUACGGGGAAAAUAUUAUAAAAUAUGUUCAAAUUUAAUCUUUAAACUUUGCAAAAAAUUUAACAGAAAAAAUAUUACCAUAGCUUAUUGGAGUUCAGUGACAGGAAAAAUUUACUGACAACUGAAUUCUAGUUGGAUGGGAAUUGGCGCUAGGCAGGGUAUAUUUGACAUUGUUAUUUAAUAAAAAGAGGCAGUUAAACUGUCAAAAAUAUUAAAAUUACAGACUGACAGAUCAGUCAAACAAUGAUGACCAACACUGAUUAAAUUCAUCAGCAUUAGGUAUCUAAAAUCUAGUCCAGGUUUAACCAAGAUAUGUUGUUAACUUCAGUCAUGUAAUAUAAUUUCUUGAUACAUUGUCAUAUACUAUUUUCUUGUCUUAAUUUUUAUUUCAAAGUAUUAUUUAUAAAGGUUAAGGUAACAUAUUAUUAAUAUUCUAUUUUUAUAUGCAUGCAGAAAUAAUUUUCUUUGCAAUGGCACGAAGAAAUUGUAUUGUGUUUAAGUUAGAGAAAUUAUAUGAUUUUAAAUUCCUUGUGCAUGCAUAGUACCCAUAAAGAGUAUGCUCAAUUUUCAUGGCCUUUUAAUUUUAGAUUUCAAAGAAUAUAAAUGCUCAUAACUGAAAAAAAUGUUAUAUAUUUUUUUUUAAGAAAAAAGAAGAAAAAGAUUUUUUUUCUAUAAAUUGCAAGUUCAUGUUAAGAUUUAUAUUUUUCAGUGGGGAUUCAAUGAAGAUUUUCUUGUGUUUUGAAUUCUUUUUGCCAAAAAAUAAGACCUUUAACUAGUAAUGGACUUUGGUACCUUAAAACGUGAUUAUCCAUGUCAUAUUAAUAAUUCUCAAGUCUUGCAUCUAGAUGAA